AUGACCGCCCUCCCCGUCGAGAGCUCCUGGCGCAUGGUCGAGGGUGAGCACGACAGCUUCGACACGUCGAUUGUGCCCAACGCCUUUGGAUUGAGCGGCGAGGAUGGAGACGACGGCGACGAUCCAUUUGUGUCCAGCAGCGGUGCGCCGUCCCAGCAGUCGGCUGGUUCGGGGGCAGGGCCGGCUGCGGCGGCGAGAUCCGGGCGGGGCCUGGGACGCCGAACGGUGAGCGGUGCCAGCGGCAUCAGCAGUGCCAGUCGCGGCGGUGCGUCCUCUUCCCAAGAAGACCGCACCAGCCUCGGCGGCGACUCCUUUGGCAGCGGCUCCAUCCCUGGCUCGCAGGACGACGACAUUCACUCAUUCCUGCGAAAAGCCGAGAACGACGAGCGCGUCCUGCUCCGGUCGCCCUUUCAGCCGUCGCUGCCGUCGUCGGUGCGGCAGAGCCCGCUGAGCGCGAACAGUGCAGGCAAAGCAAAGACGGCAGCGAGCGCCAGCCGGCUCGACCGAAGCAACCGCACGUUUCAGACGCCCGAGCCUGAGUUCCGCAUGCCCACAAUCGACAUGGACGGCAGCCUGCACGCUGGUGAUGGCCGUAUUCACCCCCAGAACCAGCGCGUCGCGGGCCUUUCCUCUUCAUUUCGCGUCAGCAAUACCGGGAGCCCUGUCCAGCGCCGGUCGACCGGUGGUGGCCUGCUCAGCCGACUGACUGGGCAGCGCAAGGCAAACACGGCAAAAACACCAAAAGACGAUGCACAUGACGCCGGAUCCUCUGGACAUGGUCCGGCCACUACUGCAGCAGCAGCAACUGCUGCCUGGAGACGGGCCGUGCCCUCCAGUCGGGCCUUUCUCUUCGUCGUCCUACCAAUCAUCGGCCUGAUUGCCGUUUGCGGCAUGCCGCUCUUUUAUUCGACAGCCAUCCACACGGCCUGUUCGCUACCGGGCGUACCUCUUCUCGGGCUGCCAUUCUGUCCCGACACAGCCAAAGCGAACAGCAAAACCACAAUACCGGCACAAAAUGACGGGAUCAACACCGAAACCGACACCGCCUCCGACGCAGCUCUGCAGGAUAGCAACUACUGGGCCAUCCGCCACCGCUUCAGCUACGAAAGCCGGCAAGCCGUAUCCGAGGGUCCGGCGUCGCCGCCCGCCACGCCCAUCGUCAGCCUCGUGCGCAGCGCGGGUCAGCUGAUGCGCGUGCAGACGCAGCUCGCCGACGUUGUCAAGGAGCGCGUUCUUGUCAGGCGUUCGAACAACGUGCCCCCCGCCCAGGACGCCUGGCUCGUGCCCCGCGCGCUGACCAAGGACCUCGUGCGAGCUGCGCAGAUGAACACGGCCACGCUGCCUUUGCUUGCCAUCGAGCUCGACGCCUACCUCGACGCCGCCAAGCGCGUAUCCAUGGCGCUCACGCGCCUGCAGACGGGCGCCGUCGCCACGGCCGCUGACACGCUCACCUACCGCAGCCAACAGACACUGGCGCACCUUAGGCGGAUUGCGGCCACGACCAGCGAAGCACACCGCCGCGGCGGCGGCAGCGGCAGCCGUGAAAGCUGGCUCAGCCGCGUCUUUUCGCCUGCCAGCAACACCCGCCGCACCCAGCUCCUCGACACGUACCGGCGCCACGUAGACGCCGUGCUCAGAAAGACACAGCUGCGCGUGGGCGAGGCCGAGGCCGUGUUUCAUGCGCUCGAGGCGGCCGGCGCACACUUGGCGACUGUGCAACAGUACGUCGUCGCCAAGAAACUCGAGCUGCUCGGCGCCAACGUUGGGACGGCGCCAGAUGGUGCCAGUACCGGCGGCGGUCCGGGCGGUGACCCUCUGCUCGACACGUCCGGAGGCGUCUUCUCCUGGCUCUGGUCUAUUGUCUUUGAACGCCAGCCGGACGAUGGCGUGUCGUCGUCGACCAAGACCAUGAGCAAAGCGGCACAGGCUUGGUCCGGAUAUGCGGACCAGGUGCAGCGCCUACACGAGGACCACGAGGCCGCCGUGGGCCGUGCUGCGGAGGCGCUGGACGAGCUCGCCGCCGUGCGAGACGCACUGAGUGUGUUGCAGACGGAGCUGAACCAAGAGGGACGCGACGGCACCAACAACAACGAGGACGGCGAUUUGGACAUGCGGCUGCACAUGGACAUUGUCGAUGCCGGGAUCCAAGAUCUAGAGAAGGUGGGACGGUGA